GAAAGGGGAGUGGACUGGGAAGCUCGGAACAGGUCUUGGGAGGGAGGGAGAUGGGCCUGAGGGCUGAGGGGCAGCGCCAGGGAAGAAAGGGCUGGAGAAACACCCCCACUCCUCCCUUCACCACUCCAAGGCAGGACAGGGGCAGCCGCGGGCUGGGCGGGAGGGCUCAGGGAGGAAGGAGGCCUGGGAGCUAAACGUGGAGAGCGCACGGAGACCCCGGGCAGGGCGGGCUGCAUUCGCGGUGGCACAGGGUGGCCGCGGCGGGUCUCAGCAGCCUGGUGGCCCCUCGGGCUUAGCACGCCCGAUAGCACUAACGCGCCGGGGCCGGCCCUGCAAAUCUUUUGUCCGGGGCGGCGCUGAGCCAGCAGGGAGCUGCCCGGUAUAAACCGGGACCCGCGGAUGGGGCGGGGCGCACCAUGGCGCAGCGCUCGGGAAAGAUCACUCUCUAUGAGGGCAAGCACUUCACGGGGAGGAAGCUGGAGGUCUUUGGGGACUGUGACAACUUCCAGGACCGGGGCUUUAUGAAUCGAGUGAACUCCAUCCGCGUGGAGAGCGGAGCCUGGGUCUGCUUCGAUCACCCUGACUUCCGGGGCCAGCAGUUCAUCUUGGAGCACGGCGACUACCCCGACUUCUUCCGCUGGAACAGCCACAGUGACCACAUGGGCUCCUGUCGGCCUGUAGGAAUGCACGGGGAACAUUUCCGCCUGGAAAUCUUCGAGGGUUGCAACUUCACGGGCCAGUGCCUGGAGUUCCUGGAGGACUGCCCCUUCCUGCAGAGUGGGGGCUGGGCCAAGAACUGCAUCAACGCCAUCAAGGUGUACGGGGACGGAGCAGCAUGGAGCCCUAGCAGCUUCGGAGCCGAGGACUUCCAGGCAAGCAGCUCUCUUCAAUCAGAUCAAGGACUGGAAGAGGCCACCACAAGACCAGCAACAACCCAGCCACCUGUCCUGACUGCAAAGCUCUGAGCCUGGAACCGAUCGACAUGGAAAUGCACCUGCACCGUUUCUGAGCCGGGAGAGUGUUUGCUUAAAAUCAUGCCCUCAGUUUUCAUUUCUCUGCCAGUUUGUUAGGGAGGUGGAGCCUUCUGUGUGGCAUAUCUGCCAGCGGGAGGCCCUCGCCACCCAUGGCAAGGGCCCUGUCUUUUCUGAAACAGCCGUCCAACCCUCCACAGACUCCUUGGGCCUUGGCACCCUGCUGCCCUCAGGCCUCCACAAUCUUGC